AUGGCCACUCUUCAUUCGGCUUUAAAGGCUCUGGCCCCCUGCAACUUCUCAGACAUCCCGCCGAAGCAGGAGGAGCUGGAUCCGUUCUUAACUGACCUCUUCUCCAAAGUCGAGUCUAUAGUUGAAUCUGUACCUAUUCCCGAUCCGAAUCCCUCGCACCGACACCGGUCUUAUACUACGGGCUCUAUAGCUUCGAGUGCCUCUGAAGUGCUCGUAUCCACUGCGCGAAGUCCUCCGCCCCCGCCCGAAUAUGCAGAACUACAGAAAGAAUGGGGUAAGCCUAUUAAGCUCUCCGUCAAAGAAAAUCCUAUGGGGAUAGCUGUGUAUAAACUCGGGAGUAAAGAUGGUAAAGGAGCUUGGUUUGCACGUAGGAGUGUGCACGAGGGACUCGGAUUCAGUCGUUUCAAGCGAGGCUUUGAACGAGAAUUUCCUGCCUCGCUCGCUGUACAGGGUGCUCCCGGUGAAGGCAACAUUCGAGGCAUUGGUGCUGAGACUAGAGUGGAAGAGAUAACGGUGCCAAACAGAGGCAAGCUGGAAGUGUACAGACUCAGUGCGCAAUUUCCAGGACCAACCACACCACGAGACUUUGUUACACUACUCAUCACAUCCUCCAAGGCCAUGCAACAACGUGGAGAUGCUCAUAAAGUGCCCGAGCUGGCGCCCCGCCAUUAUAUGAUCGUCUCGAAACCCUGCAAUCACCCUCAGACUCGGCCCAGAAACGGCUUCAUCCGUGGUCAGUAUGAAUCGGUAGAGUUCAUUCGCGAAAUCCCCAGAAAGCUCAAAACCACGACUUCCUCCACCGAUUUGUUGCACCUUGGCCACCACAGGGCACCCUCACCUUCACUUGAGAAAGAUGUCUUGAGACACAAUGCAGAGAGUCAUGGAGUUCCAUUCGGCCACGACCACGACCAUGACAAUAAACAUCUGAGGGUCGACACGGGUGGCUCUGUACACAGAGAAUUGUCCCCGGGAAGCAGAAAGAGAAGUGCCACGGUCGGUGUUCCAGCUAGUCCCGUAAAAACUCAGGAUCCUAGUGAACCCUACGACCCAGAGGAAAAUCCCGUUGAAUGGAUAAUGAUAACUCGAAGUGACCCCGGUGGCAGCGUUCCACGUUUCAUGGUCGAGAGAGGGACACCUUCGAGUAUCUGUGCUGACGCCCAGAAAUUCUUGGACUGGGCGUGCCGGUGGGAAGAUGACCAGGAACCGCUCGAGAAGACCGAUUCAAGACCGGACACGAGGCGACGCGAAAGCUUUGCCAGCUGGGAGGCCAAUGGGACUCUUGCUGGAAUCAGAGAGCAUGAGGAAAGUUUGCAAACCAUUGAACAGUUGCCACCGCCGGUUCCCAAGGCUUCCGAAUCCCAGGUAGCAAUACCAAAUCGGGAAGAACAGCCAAAUUCUAUACAACACCCUCCUUCGUCUCCUAGCCAUUUCUUAACGACCGUUACGGAAGCACUCGACUCUUCUGCAACCCAGGUAGGUCGCAAUCAGUUUCCAAAUCAUACACCGAAAGGAAGCCCGAAAUUAGGAGUCAGUCAACUCAAUGGGCCGCAGGACUUCCCCAAGCUAGGUGUACUGCAACAGGCAGACACACCGAACAAUGACGAUGACGCUUCAUCGACCAUCUCAACCACUUCUUUUGCAUCAGCCGACUCCCGCCUCGUCUCGGAUGAAUUCCCUUCAAUCUCAUCCAAAUCACUAUCUGAGAGGACCGAAAGCCAACUUCUGGUGCAGCACGACAAAGAGUUAGCGAAGCUUUCAGAACGCAAAGCAGCCAUGGAUGCCAAAUUCGCUCAGCAGCGGGAAAAAUUGUCCAGCCAAGCCAACAAGGAGAGUGAGAAAGAACAGAACGCUCUGAAAAGGGCCGAAGUGAAGCACGAGCGAGAAUUGAAGAAACAUGAGGAGAAAUACCAAAAGGAAGUGGCCAAAUUGGAAUGGAAGAAGAAGAAAGAGGACAAGAAACUAGCAGAAAAGAAAAGGAAGCAACAAGAUAAAGAUGAGAAGUCCCGUCUGACCAGAGAACGAGACGAAGCCCGAGCUGAACUCGAGUUACUGAAAAAGGAGCGUGAUAUCUACUCACGGCAGAUUCAUGAACUGCAGAAAGAGAACAUGGCUCUAAUGGCUCGAAUUGGCAAGCUUGAGGGCAGUGGACUGUCAGUUGACAGCUCAUCCAGUGGGACUAAUAGACUGAGGGCACUGACGAUGGGGCAUGAAGGUCGAAGUAGGAGUUCGAGCAUUCUAAAUCGUAUGAGGAACAAGGCAGAGACAAGUAGUGAAGGGUCUUGA